AUGGCAGCCAUCCCCUCCAGCAGCUCACACGUGGCCACCCAAGACUACUACUGGUGCUUCCUGUGGUCCACUUCCAGUAACAGCUUUUGUGCAUGUUCCGAGUACCCCAGUGAAGGCUUCCUCCACGACCUUGUUCUCCCCAAGGCCAAUUCGGUCAUUGGUGGGUACAUUUCCUUUUGGAGAAGUCUACUCUCCUGUUCAUGGAUAAAAUUUUGGAGUCCCCAGAGCACUUGGAAUCUCCCCAGCCAUCCAGCAGCAUGA